AUGGGAGGUCCUGGAAAAUUGUUAAAAGAAAGAACGAAAGGAUAUAGCGGGAAAUUAGAGGCAAAGAGACAAACAGAAACAUUGAAUAAUAAGAGCAAUCCGCAGCUAUUGCAAGUCCCCCAUUACAAGCACAGUUAGCAGUUGACUUAUCUCAGUCCCAUGAAACCCAUAAUUCAGAGUGAGGAGGGGAUUACAAGGAAUUUGACAUUUAAGACUCCUGAGGUCAAAGUAAACUCGCAUCUGUUCAGCGAGAAAAGGCAUCAAAACUAACUCUUAGACAUUAUAACCCCUGUCAAGAUCGAAAAUUACACCCAAGCUCACUCUAAAACUAAUUCAAUACACUAAAACCUCAUGAAUUCAGAUGCUAGAAGUGAAAAUCAUGAAAGUAAAUAGCAACACUAUUAAUAGGAGGGAAGACGACAGAGUUUAUACGAAUUCGAUUUAAAGUCUUUAAAGGAGGUUUCUUUUAAUGCGUAUUCGAAAAUUCGUAAUUUUGUUAAAAGCAAAACUAGAGGCAACACAUCUCCAGAUAAACAACUUCAUACAGAUUCUAAGAUAGUAUCUUGCGAACUGAAAUUGGUUCAAAUGAAUUCAGCUAAGAAAGAUCUUAAUGGCUAGUUCUCAGAAAAUAAUUUCCAAAAUAUGCCAAAUAUCAAAGCAGGUGGUGUUUCAGAUUUCAAAUCAUAAAAAAGUGAGAUAUGCCUGUCAGAUCAUCAAAGCAUAGACAGCUCAGAUUAAGUUACUUUCCAAAUCAUAAAUAAUAUGCCAAAUUUAGCCUAGUCCUAAACAGUAACUAGCAGACCAUCACUUUUAUAAACCAUGAAGACUAAAUUUUAAUAAUUAAUGAAUGGCCAUGAUGCGACGGAGGUUUAAUCUCCCCUAAAUGAUGGAAGUAGUUUAAAAGCGAAUUUUAAAAGAUACCAAAAAUACAAUUAAAUUCAUCAAACUUAUGAUAAUAGCGGAUAGAACAUACUAAAUGAAUUUAGUGGUAUCAACUCAAAUGAUGAUUAAAAGAGUAUGUUCGAUAAUCCUUUUGCUAACAGAAAGUCGCAUGAUAAUUUGAUCGGUGGAGGUGGAGUAUUAGCAAAGCAUAAAAGUACUAAAGACGAAGACAGAGAACUGUCAAAGGUCAUUGAUUAGCAAGUGUUCCAAAAUGAUAAUGAGGGCUGUUAAACUAUGAAAGCAAAUGGAUCUAGUCCUAAUAAAAGAAGAAAGCAAGCUUAUACAGAUAACUUUGGUCUAGCAUCCUCAGCUUCAAAUUUCAAUAAUAAAUCAGGUAACGCAAUAGCUAAGCAGUUUUAAAAUUUGCUGAUUCCCUACGAAAAAUAAGAGAUUCUUAAAUUUUCGGAAAUAUACUACAUUGGUAAAUUGGAAGCUAAAGAGAGUAGAAAAUAUAAGAGUAUUCUGAGUACAAUCGAUGACAAUUAUGGAUUCGACAGAAAAGGUGGUUUUUAUAAAGUAUUCAUCGGAGAUCAUUUAUUCUACAGAUACGAGAUUUUACAAGAACUUGAUAGAGGAGCUUUCGGUUAAGUGCUUAGAUGCAAAGAUCAUAAAACUGGUCUUGAAGUAGCAGUAAAAAUAAAUAGAAACUAAACUAGUCAUCAUAACACCUGUAGAGCAGAAGCAUAAAUAAUGCAAAGACUUAGAAAUACAAUAAGUGAUGAGGAAGAAAUUGUGAACACUCUAAGAUUGUUCAAAACAAGGAUACUUAAAUAUAUUGAUAGUUUUCUCUUCAGGAAUCAUUAUAUCCUUCAAGGAUUGAUAUAUGUCAAGCACUGUGACGUUAUUCAUUGUGAUCUUAAGCCAGAAAAUUUAAUGUUCUCAGAUUCAAGGAAAAAGGAUAUUAAGAUAAUAGAUUUUGGUUCAUCUUGUUCCAAGGGCCUUAAUGCAUUUACCUAUGUUCAAUCUAGAUUUUAUAGAGCUCCAGAGGUAAUCCUUGGGAUACCUUAUGAUUAUUCAGUUGAUAUGUGGAGCCUAGGUUGUAUCAUAGCAGAGCUAUUUCGUGGAAGACCAAUUUUCCCUGCACAAGACGAGAACGAGUUGAUGGAACUGCAAGUCUUGUUGUGUGGUAAUCCACCUCAAUAUAUGAUUGAUAAGGGCAAGAAGAAAGCCCAAUUUUUCAAUAUCAACGAAGGUUACAAAAUCAUUAGGAGUCACUAGUCUAGGUUGAAGCAAAUUACUAAAAACUCAACCUCUCUUUACCAUUUCAUUUUCCUCAACAGGUUUACUGAAAAUAUGAAAAACAGAGAGAUGUAUGAAAAGCUAUCAAGAGAUGAAUAGUUAAUGAUGGACUUAAUCAUAAGAUGCCUAAAUAUGGAUCCCACCAAAAGAAUAACAUGUGAAGAGGCAAUAAGGCAUGAAUGGUUUAAGGAUUUGCUAGUCUAAUGUGAAAAGGAAAUCGAACAAAAUAUUGAGGAACUCUAAAACAGAGAGUAUAUUGAUAUCCAUGGCAAUGAUCUUGAAGAAGAAAAUGAAGAUGAGAAUGUUGUUCUAACUUACCCUGAGUAAACAUCUCCCUCAGAAGCAUCAGGUCAAAAUCCAUUUCUUUAAUCAGGAUCAGAAACUAUAAAAAUCAGCAAAUUCAUUAAAAAUUCAAAACCAAAUCCUCCUACUAACAAACUUUACACCAACUUUUAAAGAGUAACUGUGGGAACAAAAGAUACUUCUCCCCUUUCCUAUGACAAAUAGUAUGAAAGUGCGAAAGUUAAUUCAUCCAAUCAAACACCUUAUCUUAAGGAGUAAAAAAUUCUCUUCACAUAGAGACUAGGGUCUACUACCACAACUCAAGCAGAUAGCUCAGGAGUGGGAUCCAAAAAUAAAUAUUGA